AUGCCUUCAGCGUCGACGGACGGCAUCACUGACGGUAGCGAGUUAGAUCAAUGGCUGCGUAGCCUGCCGAACAGACCCCCCUCCUCGUCUUCUACCGAACGCCCGAGAUCCCCAGUUCAACUUUAUGAGCAGAAACGCACCACCAUCUCACCGCCCGACUCCUCUCUGUCACCUCAGGCUACGGUCAUUGCUAGUCCGGCUAAUCCGUCUACAAUAUCGCCAUCUGCAUCGAGUUCGGAGCUGUACGGCCCUGACCGGUUGCUUCCUCCAGCAGCCCUCCGUCAGGACGGAAUAGCUUCGACUCCAAAUCACGUGGAGCGUAUCGACCGCCUUCCGCUGGCCAUGUUCACCUCUGGCAGUCCUGGAAUGGGCCAAAGCCUCAAGGAUGAGCUGGUCUUGGCCGCUGGCAGGGUCACGCCUGGAGUGGAUGACACUCCCUACAUCCAGUAUGCUCUCGAGGCUCUCACACGCGACCGGAGCUGCCCAUCCCAUCCGACUUCACCUCCGCUCGGCCGGUCCCCCGUCCUCCACCGGCAACUGACGCCGAUUGAGGCCGUGGCUUCCGUCACCGUGAGCCAGCCGGAGCCGACGUACGAUGGCCAGCGGCCCGUCUCGAGCUUGCGACAUGACACCCCCCCCGAGCCAGCAACGGCAUCGGCACCCGCACCUACUACUCUCGACACGAGGCCCUUGGCAUCGGGACAAUGGAUCCCCGUCGACAGGAAUACUUUUCAAACCAUCGACCCUCGCGGACAAACCUAUCCACCCCUCACCUUCAAGCCCCGCAUAUUACGCCCCUUUUCCUUCAUGACCCUCAUGACCCUCUGCAUUUUAAUGAUUGCCGCCCUCGUAUUUGCCGCCAGAUUCUCGGACAAAAACACCGGCUUGACGCCGUAUCCCGGCACCAUUUACUCGGGCCAAUACUUUGUCUUUCGCAUCCUACCCCAACUCCUCGCCGCCAUGAUUCUCAUUUUUUCUCAGAGCAUCGUUACCGCCUCACUUCGCGUCCUGCCUUUUACAAUCAUGGCCAGAGAGGAUCCGGCCGAGCGUUACCUUGCAUUGUUUCAAAACCUCUACCCCAAGUCUUUUCUGCGCCCGCAGCUUGUUGGCCCCUGGCAGGUCAUGGUCUUUGAUUUGGCAACUUGGGCGGCGGCCUUGACGAUUCCUCUGCAUAGCGCUGCGUUUACCUGUAUAUAUGUCGAUGAUGUCUGGAUCUGGGCACCCUCCAAGGGCCUCGUCUGGGCUUUGGUACUGCUCUACGCAUUCCUCCUCGCCGCUGCCGCCAUUUCCAUGUCCUUUUGGUUUAACCAGUGGACAGGGCUGAGGUGGGACAUGCGCUCUAUCGCCGAUCUCAUUCCCCUCCUGAGCCGUACCAACACCAUGGGCGGCUACAAGCAGCGGCCUGUCGGUGACCUGAAGACCUGCCUUCACCAACGAUGCUUCGACAGGCUUGGGUACUGGCAGACGGGAGAGGAGCUGAACGGGGGCAUCUGGCAUGCCAUUGGCACAUCGGUCCAGCAGCCGCCGGGCCACGGAACCGAGGCCAACGAGCAGGAGGCCAAGAGAAGAGGAAGCCACGACUUGUCCCUUGGCUCUCGCCAUGUUGCCGAUUCGGCCCCGGGAGGUAGCUACCUUCCAUUGUGCCUCCGGGACGGGCCACUGGUGGCGUUUGCCGCGACGACCGGAAUACUGCUUCUCGCCAUGCUCGUCGCCUCCUUUCUGCCCCAGACACGACUCGAAGCUGGUUUCUCUCCGAUGCUCACCGCCAAGCCGACACCGGCCUCCUUCUCUCUCGCCAAUUUCGUCUACAGCUUCGUGCCCGCGUGCCUGGGCAUGAUCCUGUUUAUGCUGUUUCAAAUAUUUGAUCAGUCCUUGCGCAUCGUUCAGCCGUGGGGAGACAUGGUGCAGGCGGACGGAGCGAUUGCUCGACGAUCCAUCUUGGUCGACUAUGCCGCAUGCCUGCCGCUGCAGGUGACAUGGAGGGCGCUGGUGAACGGCCACUGGAGGGUUGCCGUAACUUCUCUCAUGGCGCUCUUGUUUAUUUUCAUACCCGUCCUCGCCGGCGGCCUUUUUACGGCACUGACGACCCCGGAUGCCCAAGUUCGGAUGUUCCCGAGCAUGCCUGUCUUUGGCGUCCUGCUGGCAUUCCUGUUCCUCUACGUCGCCUGCCUGUGUCUCCUGAUGCCCCGCCGCAGCCAGUUCAUGCUGCCCCAUGCUGCCACCUCUGCAGCGGCCAUCAUCAGCCUGUGCUCCGCCGACGACCUCAUCCAGGAUGCCGCCUUUCAAGAGGUCCGCUCCCACGGCGAUGUCAAGGCCCGCCUCGGCGUUGGUCGAGGCGACGACUCUCGCGAGGAGACUGUCUGGUUCUUUGGCCUGCUGCCGGGCCGGGACGAGCAGCGGCUCAGCGUCCGUCGGAUGAAGCGGCUUACUGAACGUGGAAUGAGAUCCGCACGAGACAUGGUAUAA